AUGCAAAUUGAAAUAAUAUGUGAUAAUCAGAGCUUAAUAGAUGAGUUGGUUGAGUUGAGGGCUGAAAUAGAGCCAAAAGUGUCAUCAUCAACUGAUGAUGAAGAUGUUGCUAUAGAGAAUAGCGAGAAAAUGGAGGAAUUGCAGGCUGAUAUUGAGCCUAAAGAGUCAGAAAUGAUUCUUGAUAAAGAGAUUGUUGCUACGGAUGGUAGUGAUAGUGGCCAUUAUUACUUCGAGAUUGAUUCGAGGGAAAAGAUAAUUCUGGCCAAGGCUAAUAAAGUGAAGGAGUCAGUGGACAUUGUAGUUGGAUUAAAGAGGUGUGGAGAUAUUUCUCUUUUGACAAAAAAUCUGGAGGAAAAAUUAGCCCAAAACCCAGAUUUUGCUGAGAAAAGAGAAUUGGCAAGAAAGAGAGAGAAGAAAAGCUUCCGCAACCUUGUGAGACGCCUAUUUUCUGGGUGUUUCUAACGGAAAUAAUUCUUUCUUAACUGCGUGACUUGAUCUGCAACUGUGACUCUCAACUAAGACUAUGUUGCCCAAUUGUGUGACUCUUAAAAUGCACAAUGCACAAUUGCCUGACUUAAAAUGGACAAUGUACAAUUGUGUGACUUAAAAUGGACUAUGCACAAUUGUUUGACUAAUAA